AUGGUGGGCUCAAAGAAGACAGAAAAGUCACUGGAGUCAAUCAACUCUAGGCUCCAACUCAUUAUGAAAAAUGGAAAGUACAUGCUGGGGUAUAAGCAGACUCUGAAAAUGAUCACACAUGACAGAGCAAAACUGCUCAUCCUCGCCAACAAUACCCCAGCCUUGAGAAAAUCUGAAAUAAAAUACUAUGCCAUGGCUAAAACUGGUGUCCAUCACUACAGUGGCCAUAAUAUUGAACUGAGCACAGCAUGUGGUAAAUACUACAGAAUAUGCAUACUGGCUAUCAUUGAUCCACUUGAUUCUGAUAUCAUUAGAACCAGGCCAGUGAAAAGUAAUCACAUGAAAUUCCUCCUUAAUAAAACUGGCCAGAGCUUGUAG